CGGACUUCGGCUCCACGACCACGGCCUCGGCAUCGACGCCGUGCUGCCCUACCCGUGCUCCCGCCGUGCCUGGGCGGCGGUGGGCCGGCAGCUGACCGGCGCGGCGCUGGAGAGGCUCCGGCCGCUGGCCGAGAGCCAUUACCGCCUGGGGCUGCCCGGCGUGGGCGGCGAGGAGGCGGCGGAGCUGGAGGCCAUAUUGGGCGUCGUCGGGGAGAUCUGGAAGACGACGUGCAUCGGCAUCGUCAAGGAGGAGGGCUACGAGUCCGAGCGGGCCAUGGGCUGCUUCCUGUCGCUGCACUUCCUGCUGCUGUGCCUCGCCGAGGAACGGCCGCGGUUGCGCGAGCACGCCUGCGCUACCGCGCGGCAGCUGCUGGACCUCGUGGGCGGCAGCCCGCCCCAGAACCUGAAGGCCCUCGUGCCCGACCUGGGCCGCUUCCUCGCGAGGUUUCUCCUCACGGGCGACGAGGUCCCGCUGCAGUCCAACGCGGCCGCCAUCGUGCGCGAGCUGUUCAGCCGCAACGUGCGGUGGGUGCACCCGUCCUACUGGGCGUCCCCGAGCGCGUCGGAGGCGGAGAAGCAGGAGCAGGUGAUGGCCAGCUUCGAGCAGAGCCAGUUCGGCAUGAAGCUGACGGUGUUCCAGUCGCACGGCGGCGGACUACAUCCUCAGGGCCGCGGAGCUGGGCCUCAGCUCCGCCGUCGCGAUGGAGGCCUGCGGCGGGCGACCGGGCGCGGAGGCGCUGCGCGCCUUCCAGGAAGAUUGCAGGGGCGUCAAAGAGAUGGGCAGCUAUCAGGGGUUCUUCUUAUGGUUGCGCCUGGACGCGCUGGCGGAGUCCGACGUCCACGGCCUGCUCUGCGAGGCCGUGGAGGAGUCCGAGGCUCAGGGCUACAACGGGGGGCUCCCUGGCCGCUGAGCGCGCGCGGCAGACCGCCCCACUCCUCUCCUCAUUGCUCCCUCCCCUCCCCC